CUUACAGAAUACUGGGAAGUCUGGUCUGAAACGAAAGCGCCCGAGACCCUCGCCAAGCAAGAGAACUGGCCAAGCCAAGGAUUUUCAUGGCGCAGGCCGCAGAGCCGAGAACGAAGACGGAAGGGUGCAUUUCGGCUCUUAAAAUCUCUAACUGUCUAGGUCCCGACCAUGAGAGAUGGUGUUGAGAAUUCGGCUGUUCCCUGGUUCACUGUGGAAGCCAUCUCCAAAUUAGCGAUCACAUAUGGAAACUGGAGACCAGAAUUUUAGGAAAAGAGAUUAAAAAAUCUCACUUGGGGGGUGGGGGUGUCUUUUUAUUUCCCCCCUCCCCCUUUUUUUUAAACUCACUGCAACCGGAACAGUUUCUGAUCCCAAAGGCAAGCCUCUCUUCCUGUGUGAUCUUUAUAAUUUACACUCUUUUCCGUGAGCUUUCUUACCUCCCUUUUUUAAAAAAUAUCUCUCCAUAUCCUCUAUUCACACAUAUAUCCAUUAUAUUAGUAGUGGAAUUAUAUUUUAAUUUUUUUUUUUUUUUUUUUGGCUUUAGUACUCGCACCCUCAGACACACUCUUCCGAGAACCAGAAGUCGGUUGGGUGUUUAUAUAAUGAAGAAUAAUGGGGCUGUUUGAUCGAGGUGUUCAAAUGCUUUUAACCACCGUUGGUGCUUUCGCUGCCUUCAGCCUGAUGACCAUUGCUGUGGGAACCGACUAUUGGCUCUACUCCAGAGGGGUCUGCAAGACGAAAAGUGUCAGUGAGAACGAAACCAGCAAAAAGAAUGAGGAAGUUAUGACCCAUUCUGGAUUAUGGAGAACGUGCUGCCUUGAAGGGAACUUCAAAGGCCUGUGCAAGCAAAUCGAUCACUUCCCAGAGGAUGCAGAUUACGAAGCUGACACAGCAGAAUAUUUCCUCCGGGCCGUGAGGGCCUCGAGCAUCUUCCCGAUCCUGAGUGUGAUUCUGCUGUUCAUGGGCGGCCUCUGCAUCGCGGCCAGCGAGUUCUACAAGACUCGUCACAACAUCAUCCUGAGCGCUGGCAUCUUCUUCGUGUCUGCAGGUCUGAGUAACAUCAUUGGCAUUAUCGUGUACAUAUCUGCCAAUGCCGGAGACCCCUCUAAGAGUGACUCCAAAAAGAACAGCUACUCCUAUGGCUGGUCCUUCUACUUCGGAGCCCUGUCCUUCAUCAUUGCUGAGAUGGUCGGGGUGCUGGCCGUGCACAUGUUUAUCGACCGGCACAAACAGCUGCGGGCCACGGCCCGCGCCACGGACUACCUCCAGGCCUCGGCCAUCACCCGCAUCCCCAGCUAUCGCUACCGCUACCAGCGCCGCAGCCGCUCCAGCUCGCGCUCCACGGAGCCCUCUCACUCCAGGGACGCCUCGCCCGUGGGCAUCAAGGGCUUCAACACCCUGCCGUCCACCGAGAUCUCCAUGUACACGCUCAGCAGGGACCCCCUGAAGGCCACCACCACGCCCACCGCCACCUACAACUCCGACAGGGACAACAGCUUCCUCCAGGUCCACAACUGUAUCCAGAAGGAGAACAAGGACUCUCUCCACUCCAACACAGCCAACCGCCGGACCACGCCCGUAUGAACACCACCCAGGGGCUGGUGGCGUGGUGGCCGCGGCCGGCGGGAGGGACCCGGGGCGCGGGAGGAGGCGCGGCCCAUGGGCGGGGACAGGGCCGCCCGCGGGGAGACCUUCCCAAAGCAAAAAACACACUCACACACACACAAACACAAAAAACAAAAAAAGAGAAAAACAUAACAAGUAAAUUACAAAAAAAAAAAAAAAAACAACAGCAAAAUAUAAGAGGAACAAAGAUGUAAGACCACAGGCAAUGUGGAAAAAUAUAAACGAAGGAAGACAAACUUUAAAACAAAGCAAAAGGGAUUAAAAAAUUAACAAUAGAAAAUAAAUC